CUCCCUCCCCUCCUCUUCUUCCUCUUUUUCUCCUUCUUCCCUCUCUCUCUAUCCUCUUCUUCCUCUUUUUCUCCCUCUUCCCUCUCUCUCUCUAUAUGUUCUUUGUAAUUAUAUUAAUUGUGUGUGUAUACAUAUAUAUUGUAUCAUGACGAGAAAACUCAGCUUCCAAAUUCUUUUCCUAAUUCUUAUUAAUUCCUCAAAAGCAGGAAUUUAUUGCUCUGCAGCUUUUACCUUUGUGAACAAAUGCGAGUUCACAGUCUGGCCAGGCAUUUUUUCCAAUAGGGGAACGCUUCCCACAUCUGGUUUCUCUUUAGAGACUGGUGGAUCCAAGAUAAUCAACGCGUCGUCGUCGUGGGGAGGCCGGCUCUGGGGCAGAACCAACUGCGGCAACGACUCCAGCGGAAAAUUCUCCUGCAUAACUGGCGAUUGUGGCACAGGGAAGCUGGAGUGCGACGGCGGCCGUACUGUGCCCACCGUCACGCUCGCGGAGUUCCAGCUCGACACCGUACCCAGAACGGACUUCUACGACGUCAGCCUCGUCUUCGGUUACAACCUGCCGAUUCUGGUGACCCCGCAAGGCGGUUCCGGGGACAGCUGUGUGGAAACGGGAUGUGUGGCUGAUGUGAACGGCGCGUGUCCGUCGGAGCUGCGAGUGACGAGCGUAGGCGGAGAAGGCGUGGCGUGCAAGAGUGCGUGCCAGGCGUUCCUGGAGGACCAGUACUGCUGUAGAGGGGCAAACAACACACCGGAUACCUGCAAGCCCACACAAUACUCGCAGGUGUUCAAGAGCGCGUGCCCACAAGCGUUCAGCUACACAUAUGAUGAUGCGAACACCACCUUCUCAUGUACAGGGGCAGCCGACUAUACCAUAACGUUCUGCCCGUUCUCAAACGCCAGCCAGCCUUCAAGCAGAGGUUCUCCACCUUCAACUUCAAGCCCAGGUUCUACAUCUUCAAGCAAAGGAAUGAAAAAGAAUACAAAGAUCAUCCUUCUUGUAGUAAGUGCAGUAGUGCUGGUUAUUCUGGCCAUGGCUUUGUGCAUUAUGAGAAGAAUCAAACAAGGGAAAAGGGAGGAAAAGUUACAUGAACUGCUGACGCUAGAGGGGUAUACAGACACUUAUGAACUCGACAGUAGUGGAGCCAAGAAUCAUGAUCUUAGACGGUUCACUUAUGCAUCUAUUGUAUCUGCCACGAGCAACUUUUCCUCAUACCACAAACUGGGACAGGGCGGGUUUGGUCCUGUUUACAAGGGAAAAACACCAGAAGGCCAAGAUAUAGCCGUAAAGAUUCUUUCACGGCAAUCAGGACAAGGAUUGCUCGAGUUUAAAACUGAGCUCAUACUCAUUUCUAAACUGCAGCAUGUGAACCUUGUUAAGCUACUUGGCUUUUGCAUUCAUGGCGAUGAUAAAAUGUUAAUCUACGACUACAUGCCCAACAAAAGUCUGGAUUUCUUUCUCUUCAGUCCGUCUACGAGGGAGCAAUUAGAUUGGCAGCAAAGAUUCAAAAUCAUCGAAGGGACGGCUCAAGGACUACUCUACCUUCACAAGCACUCGCGACUCAAGAUAAUCCACCGUGAUCUGAAACCAAGUAACAUAUUACUUGAUGAAAACAUGAAUCCGAAGAUUUCUGAUUUUGGUCUUGCAAGAAUUUUUAAGCAGAACAUAGAUGAAGCUAACACGAACCGACGUGUUGGGACCUAUGGUUACAUGGCCCCUGAGUACGCCAUGCAGGGCAUAUUCUCCGUUAAAUCAGAUGUCUAUAGUUUUGGAGUUUUAGUACUUGAAAUUGUGAGUGGUCGGAGAAACAAUAGCUUCCAUCAAAUUGAAGGUCCUCUAAAUCUGGUGGAGUAUGCCUGGGAGCUCUGGAGAAAAGAUUCUGCUAUGGAGCUCAUGGAUCCAACAUUGACGGCUUCAUGCAUUAGAAAUCAACUGCAGAGAUGCAUUCAUAUAGGCCUUCUAUGCGUUGAAAAUCACGCAGUCGAUCGACCUACCAUUGAAGAUGUUAUAUUUACGCUAAAAAAUGAAAUGUCAAGUUUGCCAAUACCCAAGAAUCCAGCAUUCAUCACAAGAAACAGCAUUAUUGAGAAGGUAGAAGAGACUAUACCAGAGAAGUUAUCUGCUAAUGAACUCACAGUCUCUGAAAUAGAAGGAAGAUAGUACCUCAACCUACUCAAGGAUUUCUUGUUGAGUGUCAUGCUAAUACAUAUAAACACCAUAUCAAUUAUUUUGAUAUGUUUGUGUUAAUAUUUAUUAUUCUUUCAUUGGUU